UCUCCAUGCUAUUCAUAUGCUCGUCGACCUUCAUUGUUGCGCUCGAGCGGAUCAUCUCUACACUCAUGGCAAAAAGCUAUGAAAAUAACAGAUCUGCAGGAUUUUUGCUAUUGAUAUUACAGACUGCCAUAACUACAGCUCUUUUUGCAGUCAUGUAUUCUGUUUCUCAAUUUGGUGGACGAAAUCGAAAGCUGCUUUACUGUCAUAUAACAUCGGUUAAAAACCCUUUCUGGUCAAUCGGCCCUUUCAGUAUCCUCAUCGCGCUACAGAUACUUGCCGUAAUUAUUUUAAAAGUGUUGAAACAUGUAAAUCAGGUAAGAACGGCAAAGCUACGACUACGACCCGAUCUCAAGUUGCACUACAAUGCCGGCGAAAAUCUUAGGGAGGAGCAACAUAGCGGAUACAAAUACACAAGGAGUGAGCUCUACCGAGUCCUGCUCAAUGCAUCUCAAUUUGUAUUACAGAAUAUCAUGGACCAUUGCAAUUGUUAUUCCAUUUUGCUACGUGAA